GUGAACUUUCUGUGGAAGGCAUACAAGACCCAUUCCUUGUUAGUGUACAUAUUAUCACAGACCCAGGUGAAUCCAAGACUCUUCAGCAAGCCAUUGAUAAGCUUCUAGCCUGGAUCCAUCCAGAUCUCCAGCUGUUUCGAGUCUCAGAAAGACGACUGCCCAAGAAACACAGGAAGCCAGUUAAGGCUGGUGUUUCCCAGCCAGCCCUUGCCAUCAUUCUGUUUCUGCAGGAGGAGUAUGGAGAAGAACCGAUCCUGCAGCUCCAUGAAACCUUUCAGCGGCCACCUUGGCACUACCACCAUACAGAGCUAAUGCAUGGGAAAUUCCUCCCUUACAUGCCAUGCAGCCAAGACUUUUACACUUUGGCUCCAGAGACUCCUCUGUGGGCCAUUCGCCCAGUGCACUACGGGAAAGAAAUGAUUCGCUUCACCAUCUACUGCAGGAGUGAAAACUUUGUGGACAUUCUGAAAUUGUAUGAGUUAAUACUGAAAAGACCAGUAUGUCAGAAAAAAGCAGACUUCUGUGUGUUUCCUGUCUAUUCUAACAUGGAAAUAGACAUUCAGUUUUCUUUAAAAAAACUUCCUAAGGGCCAGGUGCCAGUGACGACAGAGUCAGCGGUGCUGGAGUUCAGAGUAAAAGAUGUGGGGCAGCUUGUGCCUCUCUUGCCCAACCCUUGCAGCCCCAUCAGUGAAGGCAGGUGGCAGACACAAGACCAUGAUGGAAAUAGGAUCCUUUUGCAGCAAGCACGCAGUUGGUGUAGGAAGUCUGCAACGCAGAACAGGCAACCCUAUCCAUCUGUGUCAACAGAUUCCCAUUUCACCACUCUGCCAGCCUUUCUUCCUCAGAGCCACCGAUCUGUCUCUGAACAACCACAAGAAAUGAGUCAAAACAAGGUACAUCAUGCAAACAGCCUUGGUCAUUAUCUUGGAUUUUCCCAGCAGGACUUGAGACACAAUGAUCGAGGAGACUUCACGUGCAGAUCCAGCAGUGCCUCUAGCAUUUCAUGGUCAUUUCAACGAAGCAAGUCUCUGUUCUGCUUGCCCACAGUGAACUCCUCUUCAGCAUCAGAAACAUUUCAUUUCAGUGAACCAUUUCAAUUUUUAAAUACCGAGUCACCUGCAACCAGGUUAAAAACAUGGAGAUGCAGCCCCAAGCUUAACACAGAUGCCUUGGAGGGUGCCCAGGAGACUGAUGUGGACACAGGGAUGAGGCUGUCCUUCUCAGACCUGUCUGUGGUCUCUGCAUACUCUGCCCUCAAUGGAUUCUGCAGUGAAUUGGAAGACUCUCUUCCCCCACAGAAACAAACUGUCAGUAAGGCUAAACAGGUGGCCACCAGUGAAAGGCCUGUACCAGCCAUGUGCAAUACCUUUGAGUCAGUUCAUGGUUCACUGCCUUCUCUUUCCAAAUGGUCUUCCAGCCCUUUCACAUCAGCAUCUCCCUCCAAGCAGCGCACACAGUCCUUGAGAGCAGCUCCAUUUUCUCUGGAUGAUCAUGGUAGUGUUUGUCCAGCUUCACCAGUUAACGAGGAAGAAUUUUACAUCUAA